UCAGAGGGUAGCCUUGUGGAUGGCCCCGGAGCAGGCCAGAUGGAACAGGACAGAACCAACCAUGUUGACGGCAAUAGAUUGAGUCCAUUUCUAAUACCGCAAUCUUCUCACGUUUGCCAGCCAGAGCCUUCUGCGGUGAAGCUACAGAAUGGAAGUCCAGCAACAGAGAGGCCUGAAGUUGAAGUAAAUGGAGACCACAAGCAGCUAUUCGUUAAAAGCAACUAUGGAGUGCUCCACCUGAAGGGAAGUCCAAACAACCGCGUUAGCCCCGACCUUUUACAAGAAAAGAAAGUAUAUUCCAGAUACAUGCAAAAUGGUGGGAUAAAACGCACUUUUAGUGAGCCCUCUCUGUAUGGACUUCAUGAGAGCAAGAAAGUGAAACAAGACAAAGAGGUAAAUGGAGAAAAAGCUGAGCCAGAGGAUAACAAUGAAAAACCAAGCGUCUCCGAUUGUUACAGUGAGAAGAAACCUGAGAGUUUUACAGGGCAAGAAAAUGAAGCUUCAGAUUUGAUACAGUCUACAAGAUACAACAGUGGUGGUUCAGAAAACGCUCAUGACCUCCUGAUUCAGGAUGAGCAGGAGUGGAAAAACAUUCAUUGCCACAACAGGGACAUUGUCUUACUACUUAAGAACAAGGCGGUGCCAAUGCCUAAUGGUGCUACAGUUUCUGCCUCUUCCAUGGAAAGCAUGCAUGGUGAACUCCUGGAGAAAACACUGUCUCAAUAUUAUCCAGAACACGUCUCCAUAGCAAUGCAGAAGAACACAUCUCAUAUCAAUGCCAUUACCAGUCAGGCUACUAAUGAGUUGUCCUACGAGACAAUGCAUUCAUCCCAUACCUCAGGGCAGAUCACUUCCCCACAGACCUCAAACUCUGAGCUGCCUCAAGUGCCAGCUGUAGUGGUUGCUGAGGUCUACAACACAGAAGACUCCAGUAAACCGCCUGUAUUGCCAGGUAGCUGUUCGCUUCAGAAACCAGAACUACAGCUACAGCAACAGAUUCCGGGCUAUGAUCCGCAGCAGUUACCUGUAGGAAACAGUACUGUUCAUGGAAGUGUAGGGCAGGUUCCCAACCAAGACCUCUCUCUAAGUUCCAGCAGUAACCUGCAAGCUCAGAACGCCACUCUGGAAAGGUUUUCUGAGCAAGCAGAAAACAAUGGUGCUUUCUUUAAACAGAACUCAACGUUUCACAAAGAUUCCUCCACUCCUCCUGCUCCGGAAAUGAACAGUGCACUGUCCGUCAUGGUGCUAGAAGGACACCAUUCCUUUGACAACAGAUGUGAUGAAACUCUUCCUGGGGAGAUAAAGAAUGAAGGGCAACAGCAGGGACCAAUGUUAGAAAGUCCCAGCCUCAGCCAACAACAGCUCCACCCUCAGCAGAGACUUCCGCAGCAGGCACAAACGUCACAACAAGAUGUCACUGAAAGCAACCCGCAAGCUGCUGCGGCCGCCUCAAUUCAGCAGCGCCCAGAAGAAAUGAUGCCGGCGUCAGAGCCUCCCCUCCAAAACCUGCAAGCGCGCGGAAGCGAGGGUGAAUUGCAGCAACACUGUCAGCAUUUCCCAGGACAGAGAGAACCCGAGAUUCCUCCUGACAAAGAAAAGGACCAAGUGAAAGAGCCUGUGCAACAGGCUCAACAUUAUUCAAAACCAGCCUGGAUAGAACUGGUUUCCACCCAGUUCCGCCAGGGAGAGCCUCCCCAAAAGCCCAGCGAAGCAUUAUUGCGAUCAAUUCUUCAGUUCCAGGCAAACACAGCCGAAACAGCCUAUACAAAACAGUAUGCUGGAAGUCCUGAUGCAUUAAAGGGGCCUUCAGGACAGCCCCAGAGCCAGAAGAUAAUGCAACAGGAACAAAUUCCUCUGCUGUACAAAAACGAGACCUCCCAGCUGCAGCCGCGUCCCACAGCUGACCAGCAGCUGCCGUUCCAGAAACACUCACCGCAGCCACAGCUCACAAAGAUGGAUUCCCUACUCAAGUCCCAAGUGCAGCAACACCCUCCACAGCAGCUCCAUUUCCAGCAAAGACCAGAACAACAAGCUGAACAGCCUUUAGGGACCCCCUUGAAACAGCAGCACUUGAAUCUCCAGCCAGGGGAAAAGGAGCAAUUCUUGCAUUCACACAUUUUGCAACAGAUGCUUCAAAAACAGGCACAGCAGGUACAACUGCCGUGCAGUCCACAGCUAACCCCAAACCACCAACAGGCUCUGCAAAUGAAAAAUAAAGACCUGCCCCAAACCAUCUCCCACUCCCAAAGCAAUGCUGAGCAGCCGCUAGACAGGACAUCCUUCAAUCAGCUUAAAGUAGACGAAUGUUUUCAAACUGGGAAUAAGUACAUGAAAUCACCUGCAUUCCCACUCCAUAACCCUCAGCUAGGCCUGGAGCAGAUACAGAGCGUGAACAACAAAGCUCCCCUUCACACUCAGAAAGCAGAGGCUAGUCUGCAGCAUCCCUGCCCAAACAACAUGCACUUGAUUUCUGAGAAGAAGGAGAAUACCACAAAUAUCGAACGCUUUGGAGCCAACAAAAUGCAGGAUUUGCAACAUGUGCAGUAUUUUUCAAAUAACUUGACCACAAAGCAAGAUGUGAAUCACUGUUUUCAAGAACAAGAGCAACAGACACAACAAGCUUCAGUUAUACAGCUACCGCCACCCCAGCAAACACAAUGCUACGGCGGUAGCCUGAACCAAGAUCUCCUGAGCCAGCAAGCUACGCAGAUUCCUCAGCGGUACUUACCACACAGCCAGCAAACUGCCCCACACUCCCAAGACCAGAGAAGCUGUCAUUUGCAGUCCCAAACCCCUAAGGAUUUUCAAAAGCAUGCUGCUCUAAGGUGGCUUCUCUUGCAAAAACAGGAGCAGCAAGCGUACCAGCAACCCAAAACCGAGAUUGGUCCCAGUGCAGUGCGCAAGCCUGUAAAAAUUGAGCCUGGCACAAAGUCUAAUGCCUGCAUGCGUCCGUCAGCCGGACAGCUGGAAAACAAAAUGUGGAAAAAAACAAUUAAACAAGAGAAUCAGCACUUUGGCUGUGAGAACAUGCAACAAAAGAGCAUCAUCGAGACAAUGGAACAGCAGCUAAAACAGAUACAGGUCAAAUCACUGUUUGAUCACAGGACUUUUACUAUCAGAUCACCUAAACAUGUGAAGGUUGAAACAGCAGGCCCUAUUACCAUCCUGUCCAGAAAUACCAGUGCUGCAGAUUUUGACACUCAGACCCCAAUCUUAGAUCAACAAGCAAACUUGUCUGCUGAGAAAACCCCGACCAAAAGAACAGCUGGAACUGUUCUCAAUAAUUUUUUAGACUCACCUUCCAAGUUAUUGGAUACUCCUGUAAAAAAUUUAUUGGACACACCUGCCAAAACCCAGUAUGAUUUCCCAUCUUGCAGCUGUGUUGAGCAAAUUAUUGAAAAAGAUGAAGGUCCUUUCUAUACCCAUCUAGGAGCCGGUCCUAAUGUGGCAGCUAUUAGAGAAAUCAUGGAAGAAAGAUUUGGACAGAAGGGUAAAGCUAUAAGGAUUGAGAGGGUUGUCUACACUGGGAAAGAAGGCAAAAGUUCUCAAGGAUGUCCAAUUGCUAAAUGGGUAGUCCGCAGAAGCAGUCAGGAGGAAAAGCUACUCUGCUUGGUGCGUGAGCGAGCGGGCCACACGUGCGAGACUGCCGUGAUCGUGAUUCUCAUCCUGGUCUGGGAGGGAAUACCAACAAGCCUGGCUGACAAGCUCUACUCUGAACUCACUGACACCCUGAGGAAGUACGGCACGCUCACAAACCGGCGGUGCGCCCUGAAUGAAGAGCGGACUUGCGCAUGUCAAGGGCUGGACCCUGAAACUUGUGGUGCUUCAUUUUCCUUUGGUUGCUCCUGGAGCAUGUACUACAAUGGUUGUAAGUUUGCCAGAAGCAAGAUUCCAAGAAAGUUUAAGCUGAUGGGGGAUGACCCAAAAGAGGAAGAAAAACUAGAAGCCAAUUUGCAGAAUCUGUCAACCCUGAUGGCACCUACCUACAAGAAGCUUGCACCUGAUGCCUAUAACAACCAGAUCGAGUAUGAACACAGAGCACCCGAGUGUCGCCUGGGUUUAAAAGAAGGUCGCCCAUUCUCAGGAGUUACUGCCUGCCUGGAUUUUUGUGCUCAUGCUCACAGAGACUUGCACAAUAUGCAGAACGGGAGUACGCUGGUUUGCACACUAACUAGAGAAGACAAUCGUGAAAUUGGCCAAACACCAGAAGACGAGCAGCUCCACGUGCUCCCAUUGUACAAAGUCUCUGAUGUGGAUGAGUUCGGAAGCACUGAAGGCCAGGAGGAGAAGAAGAGGAACGGCAGCAUCCAGGUCCUUACCUCCUUUCGCCGGAAAGUCAGGAUGUUAGCAGAGCCCGUUAAGACCUGUCGGCAAAGGAAGCUAGAAGCAAAGAAAGCAGCUGCAGAAAAGCUCUCCUCCUUGGAGAAUGGGUCUAGCAAAGCUGAAAGAGAUAAGUCUGCUGCAGCACGCAACAAGCAAGGCAGCUCUGAGGCCGCAGGUCAUGCAAAGCAGCUAGCAGAUCUUUUACGUCUUUCAGGAUCAGCCACACAACAACAACAACAGCAGCAGCAGCAACAUCCCCAGCGCACUCUCCCCAACAACCCUCAGUCAAAUCCUAUUAACUCAUACUCGGGUGCAGGUUCUGCGAAUCUCUAUGUAAGGCUGCCUAACCCAGCCAGUGCUUACCCAAGCUCUUCAUACACUUCAGAUCUCUACGGAGGGUCCAGUCCCAUGAACCUCUAUACAACCUCAUCACAGCCUGCGGGGUCUUAUUUGAAUUCUUCCAGUCCCAUGAACCCUUAUUCAGGAUCAUUAAGUCAAAAUAACCAAUAUCCACCCUACCAAUGUAAUGGGAACAUACCGAUGGACAACUGCUCCUCUUACCUGGGCUCCUACCCUUCCCAGCAUCAGCACAUGGACUUGUACAGUUGCCAGAGCCAAGACCAUAUGUCUAAACUAAGCCUACCACCCAUUCAAACAUUAUACCAGCAUAGGUUUGGGAAUAACCAGAGUUUUGGUCCCAAGUACUUGAAUUACGGAAACCAAAAUAUGCAGGUAGACUCCUUCAGUAAUUGCACCGUUAGACCAAAUGUACACCACAUAGGGUCUUUCUCCUCCUACUCCACCCAUGAGGCUGACGGCCAUUUUAUGGAGGUCGCCUCAAGGUUAAAAUCUAAUCUGAGUAAUCCAAGCAUAGACUAUGCCUCCACGGGUAAAUCCAGUGAACACCAACACGUGCAACCCCCUCCACAUUUAGCACAUGACUACCAUUCUGCUCCAAGCAUCUUUAGUGGUCCUCCUAAUUCACUGCAUCUCCAAAAUAAGGAUAGCGAAAUGGUUUCACAUGCAGUUAACGGUUUGUCUAAUAUGCUUCCAGGUCAAAACCAUGAUAGGACUACUCCCCAGGGUGGUUUAGAUAAAACUGAUGUGCUGAAUCCAGAAAAAACAGAGGAUCCCGAUGAAGUCUGGUCAGAUAGUGAGCAGAGCUUUCUGGAUCCUGAAAUUGGAGGAGUGGCAGUUGCUCCAUCUCAUGGGUCAAUUCUCAUAGAGUGUGCAAAACGUGAGCUCCACGCAACGACCCCCUUAAAAAAUCCCAACAGGAACCAUCCCACCAGAAUAUCCCUUGUCUUUUACCAGCACAAGAGUAUGAAUGAGCCAAAACACGGUCUGGCUCUGUGGGAGGCAAAGAUGGCUGAGAAGGCAAGAGAGAAAGAAGAGGAAUGUGAAAAGUACGGUCCAGACUACGUGCCUCAGAAAUCUUAUGGCAAAAAAGUAAAGCGGGAGCCUGCUGAGCCACACGAACCCUCAGAGCCAACGUACGUGCGCUUCAUCAAGUCUCUUGCACAAAGGACACUGUCGGUCACCACAGACUCCACAGUAACGACAUCUCCAUAUGCCUUUACACGGGUUACAGGGCCUUACAACCGAUAUAUCUAACUUCACACCUUUGUUGGUUACCUCAUUUGAAAAAAACACCUUGUCAGUAGGGUAGUUCUUCUAUAGGUUUUGGGGAAGGCAAGGGUGGAGAAGAAAACAGUGUUUUUGUGAAACUCAUCAGUGGAAAAAGCCUCAGCACACCAGCAAAAAGAGGUAAUCUCACUAUCGCACUUACUUUCCGCUGAUUUUUAAGUGGUCACAGAUGGCACGUAGGAAACAAGACCAAAGCAUCCUAUGCAAAAACAACAACAAAAAACAAAACAGUGUUUCACAAUUUACAUUUGAAAACACUGGCUCCAUUACUGAAAGAGAUAAUCUGCAAAUGGAUAUUUUUUUUUUUCUUACAGUUUUGCAUAUCUGUGGCCACUCUUAAUGUCAUCAAGUUUGCGUAGUCAUGGAACAGGAGCAAAAAAAAAAACCCUAAAAAAAUAAUACUGUAGUAUUACAACUGCAGGAAUCUUAAAAUAACAUCUGGUGCUGAAUCUAUGAUGUACUGAAAUACUGGAAUUAUGGCUUUUUAACAUGCAGUUUUUACUGUAAACUUAUUAGUCUCUUGAUUUUAUUUAACAAAGUAGAUAAGUAUAAAACAUAAUGAAUAGACAGCAAAACACUGAAUUUGUUUGGAUAUUCUAAAACCAUGGUGCUAUCUAAGAGAAUGGUGUCUUUAUUUUAACAGUCGAACAGUUAAUGCCUUUAUAACAAAAUGUCAAUGGUGUAGUCAAAUGUUCUUCAACAACAGGGAGGACCUUUGCAUUCAUGUAUGUAUUGAAUUUACCUGGUGUUAAAAUAAGCUUACUUUUUAACAGAUGGGAAUUACAAAGACCUCUGGAUUUUGCUCAUCCAGUCAAGUCCUAGAAAAGGACAAUAAAAUAUAGAGAGAGAUAUUUUUUUUUAAAAUAGUGUUUCAAAAGCACUUUGUCUACCUAAGCUUGGCAACUUGAACAAUGCUAAGGUACUAAGACAUUAAAAAAAAAAA